AUGAGAGAUUCUGAUGAUAUUCGGGAUGGCAGUAUCAUAAAAAAACGUCGACUUGUAGAAGAUGAUAUGAUGGGGAAAAAAUCGAUAACAUCGAAUCUUAUAAACUAUCUUGGAACAAAUCUUGAUCCUCUUAUAGAAUAUGCAGAAGAGCCUCUAUUACCACUUUAUAAAGCAUGUGCUCCACUAGAAAAUAUUAUUGAUGAUUUAUCAUUGUAUAUUAAAUUAGUACUUGAUGAAACACCAGAACAACCAUCUGAUGGAUUAACAAUUGAUGAAAGUGCAGCAAUUCGUUUGUAUACAUUCGAAUGGAAUGUAUCAUAUCGAAGUCUCUAUUCAAUGCUCAAUCGAGCUCUUAAAAAUAAUGAUCGUGACGCUCUUCGACCAUAUUUCAAGUAUCUCAAACUAUUCUUAACUGCUCUCGUUAAAUUACCAUGUGUUCCACCAAUGACUGUUUGGCGAGGAGUAACUAGAAAUUUAACUGCAGAAUUUCCCGUUGGUACUCAAGUGACAUGGUGGUCAUUUUUGUCAUGUACUACUGAAAUGACUGUUCUGGAAAACGAAUUAUAUUUAGGAAAUAGUGGUAAUCGAACGUUAUUCUCUGUGGAAACUAUUAAUGGUCGAAUAAUACGUGAUCAUUCACAUUUUAGUACAGAAGAUGAAGUUCUUCUUCUACCUGGUACUCAUAUGAUUGUUCAAUCCCAACUGAGUCCAGCACCUGAUCUUUAUAUUAUUCAUUUGAAACAAGUUAGACCUGAAAAAGUAUUACUUGAACCACCAUUUCCAGGUGCAUAUAUUUAUCCAAAAAUUAAGCGUCAUUGGUAUCAUAAGAAGAGAUAUAAUAUUCCGAUCAGUAUUUUGUGUACUCUCAUCAUCGCAGGAAUUAUUAUCGCAUCUGUAUUGGCAACAAGACCACAUACAAAUCUACCAGCGCCGAUAUGUGACAAUCCUUUUCAAGCAUCAGCUUUCUAUCAGACUCGAUACAGACCAAUUUCUGCAACAUUUGGAUAUUUUAGAAACGAAAGUCAAUUAGAUGUAGCAGUCGUCGCUGCUGACAAUACUGUCAGUUUAUUCCUGGGAAACAAAGAUGGUACUCUCCAAACUCCUGGGACUUACAAAGUUGGUCGAAUGCCCUCUUAUGUAACUUCAGGGGAUUUCAACAAUGAUAAAAACCUUGAUCUUGUAGUAUUCAAUUAUAUUGAUAGCAUUAUCUACGUAUUUUUUGGUGAUGGCAAUGGACUUUUUCCGACUUCAAUAAAUUAUACGCUUGAUAAAUGGCCGUCGUCGGCAAUAACUGGUGACUUCAAUAAUGAUACAAAUCUAGAUUUAGUUUUGACAGACUCCGUCAACAACAACGUUCUUGUAAUAUAUGGAAAUGGGAAUGAAAGUUUUCAAGCACCAAUAAACUAUAAAUCUGGUAACUGUCCACAAUUUGUUUUAUCUGCAGAUUUCAAUAGUGAUAAUAAACUUGAUCUAGUCGUAGCUAAUUCCGAUGAUAAUACAAUCAGUAUUCUACUUGCUAAUAUUAAUGGAACUUUUCAAACUUCAAUAGACUAUACGGUCGGUUACUAUCCAGUUUCGAUUUUAUCCGGAGAUUUUAAUAAUGAUAGUAAGCUGGAUCUUGCCGUCGCAAACCGAGGUGAUAACAGUAUUGGUGUGUUAUUUGGAUCUGGGACUGGGACUUUUCAAGCUCCAAUAAACUAUAUAGUCAAUGGUGCCCCGUUUUCGAUGACAUGUGGCGAUUUUAAUAAGGACGGUAAAUUAGAUUUGGCAAUCAUCAUCCAAAAUAAUGACAUCGUUAGUAUUAUGUUUGGAAAUGGUAUGGGUAGCUUUGAAACUCCUGUAAGCUAUACAAUUGGUCUCUUUUCGAUGUCUAUUACAUCAGCUGAUCUGAAUAAUGAUAGUUAUAUAGAUCUGGUAGUGGGCCGUGACGAUAGCAAUUAUGUUAUUGUAUUAUUUGGUCUCAAACAUGGCCAAUUUCAAUACCCACAACAAUAUAGUGUUGGUCAUUUACCAUGGUCUGUACACAUCGCUGAUUUCAACAAUGAUAAAAAACUCGACUUCGCAGUAACUAAUUAUGCCGACAAUACCGUCAGUGUGCAACUUGGGAGUGGGGAUGGAAAUUUUCUAAGUCCUAUGAGUUAUAUGGUUGGUGUAUAUCCACGCGCUGUUUUAGCUGGUGAUUUCAAUAAUGAUAAGAAACUAGAUUUGGUAGUUGCUAACUCCUUCGAUAACACUAUUGGUGUACUAAUAAGUCUUGGGAAUGGGUUUUUUCAAACACCAAUAAACUACAUAGUUGGUAGUUGUCCAGGUGCUUUACUUUCCGCUGAUUUCAAUAACGAUAGCAAAGCGGACUUGGUAGUAGCUAAUUCUGAUGAUACGACCAUUAGCAUGUUUCUUGCCGAUGUGAAUGGAAUUUUCAAGAAUUCAACGUUCUAUGCAGCUGGUCAUAAGCCAUCCUCGAUAGCCGCUGGUGACUUCAACAAUGAUAACAAAUUGGAUAUCGUAGUAACAAGCCCUUACGAUAACAUCAUUAUGAUAUUAUUCGGUGAUGGGAAAGGAGCAUUUCAAACUUCAAAGAACUAUACAGUCGGUAACUGGCCAAUUUCAGUUAUAUCUAAUGAUUUUAAUAAUGAUGGCAACCGAGAUCUGGCAGUAGCUAAUGAACACGAUAGCACUGUGAGUAUACUUCUCGGAUAUGGGAAUGCAACAUUUCGAGCUCCUAUGAACUACUCAGUGGGCUUAUGGCCCAUAGCGAUUAUUUCUGGUGAUUGUAAUAAUGACAACAAACUAGAUUUGGGCGUGGUCAAUUCAGUCGAUAGUAGUAUUAGUGUAUUGCUGGGGCGGGGUGAUGGAAGCUUUCAAACUGCAAUACCAUACGCAACUGGAAGUACACCGAGCUCUAUUGCAUCAGGCUAUUUGGGUCAAAAUGGAAAACUUACUGUAAUUGUUACAAACAGUGUAUCAAAUGACUUAUCUCUUUAUACAAACACUUGCAAGAACUAA